UGUCCUGGUACACAGCGAUCAUCGCUCUCGCCUUCUGCCUGCUCAUCCACGUCUACGCGGCCUACCACUCCGCAAACGUCCACUGGGGCGACGGCUUCCAGGGGAUGAAGUUUCAGCUCGUGCGCUACCUCUUGUUGCACAUGGAUGACGAAGUCCACACGAAGAACUGGAGGCCGCAGAUUUUGGUCCUCACCUCGCCCGAAGUAGACAUUCUGGACGUGCAACUGCCGGACAACGCGGACGCCUUGCGGCACCUUCGUGUAGUUCCUCGCGAAGGUACCCAGCACGGCAUAAUGUUGAACAGUGCGACAACCCCGUCCAAACGUGCCGCAAAGAUGAAACACCAGCGCGACCAGCAGCCCCCCUCCAGUCGUCGAGGAAGCCGUCUGGCGCUUGAGCGUAACGUGUCCGGCCACGCAUCAAACAUUUCAGGCGACAUGGACGACGAGAGCAUUGGAAUUUUGUUUCCCGCUACAACAACUCUCGGAGCCGAGGCUGGGCUUGCGGUCGGUGCAGUAGAAGCAGAAGUGCAGAUAGCAGAUGAGCUCCGUGAACGUGCAAACAGACACGCCACGACCGCAGAAGAUGCUGUGCCUGUAGUUGAGCAAAGAUCAUCGUCCAAAGUAGUUGUAGUAGAGAAAACGACGGAUCAUGAGGUCAUGAUGUCCCACACCAGCUAUGUUGUUGCGGAUCAUUCAUCUGGGAGUAGCCGUACUGACGGAGAUGCAAUUGCAAAGAAGUCGCAUCAUGACGAGGAAAAUUUUCUGCAAGUCGAAAAUCCAGAAUUGCUCGCCUUUGCCGAGCAAAUUUCUCACAGAUCAGGUCUGAUGGAGGUAGCCGUCUUGUGCUCCAGCCACGGCGACUCGUUGUUUGGCGAAACUGGAUUCUUGAAGCGAGAACUACAGCGCUACAUGGAAGAAAAACACAUCGACUUUAGUACAAAAGUAGACCAGACAGAGACGAGCGGCGGCAGAAGAAACCACGACUCCGAUCCAACUGAUGCCGGCUCACGCGCGCUUUCUUCCCACAUGAUCGACAUUGAGCGGGCCAAGAGUGGCGAAUUCUCGGUGGCGCGGCGCUCCCCAACCUCAACGCUCCCCUCACCUGCCGCCCUGCUGGCUUCGGGCACGCCGGCGCGACAGACCAGCGGAGUUGUACAAGAUCACGAAGUAGACGAUGCAGAAGAUCCUCAGCUCCCCCUGCCUGCCUCGCCCUCAGCGUCUCGUGGCUUUGCCCUCCUUUCCAGUGCCGUGAUGGACCUCAAGAUGAAAUCUCGGUCCUCUCCCCGAAGUCGGAGCCGAAGCAAAAACAAUGAGUCUGUCAGUAGCCGAAGCAUAUUUACCACGACGCCCGCUACAAUUGCUGCACGAGGCGGCGCUAACUCAUCUCCUACCGCUCUGGCAGCAACCACCAAGGACGACGAAGUUGUUACUGCCGCGAGAAGAACUAGGCCGACGAACGGCACGACAAGGAGCAAUAAAGGGAGCAUCGAGAAGUAUCGACACGUCUUGUACGAUCGAAAGUUGAAGAUGCAGAAGCUGAUGAAAAGCCACGGGCUGGUGGGCUUCGUGCACUGGGUUUACACCGCCGACCGGGCGGCUAGCACCCUAGACUUGAUGCAAUCCGCCGGCAUCGGGCCGCUGCAGCCCAACUGCGUGCUGAUGGCGUUUCCCCCCAAGGAUCAGUGGGACGAAGACGACAUGUCCACGGUGGUGCAGGACCGGGCCAGUCACGACCCGCGCGUGCGCAUGCUCCAGCAGCUCUGGAAGAAGACGAAGGUGAACCGUGCGCACCGGACACGCUACCGCCUCUUGCAGGCGCUCGAGGGCGCGAAGGCGUUCGACAAGCUGCUUCUCGUAACGAAGCUCGGCCCCGGGGCGCACUGGCCCAGCAUCGAGCACCUCGUCGGACACCACCACAGCAGCCACGGCCACCACCAACUAGUCAGUGGAGUUGCGAAGAAGCCACGCCCGAGCGUCGGCACUGCGCAGCAGCAGCACCCUGCGAGUAAGCCGAUGCGCGGUUACAUCGAUGUGUGGUGGGUCCUGGGGGACGGGGGCAUCAUUCUCCUCUUGCCACAUCUUCUGCGGCAAAAUCCCGUGUGGGCGAAAACCAAGGGCGCCCGGCUCUUCACGGUCGCUCUGGAUAACGAAGACCUGCAGUCCAGACUCGCGGGAAAUAACGGCGAAGGUACAACGCAAGUAGAGACCGAGGAUUGUUCUGCCGCAAGCAGGAGGACAAGUGCUGACAAAAUGCGACAAGACCUGGAAACAUACUGCGCCGAUCUGCGGUUAAAGCUCGAGGUCCACGUUGUUCCGUUGCACACAACUAGUAUUCCGGUCGUAGGAGCAGGCGGUAACAACGAGCAGGAAGGACGUGAAGAUCUUCUUGAUGAUGCUCCGUUUGCAUCGCGUUCUGGGAUGUUGGAAGUAAAGGCAGUAGAUGCAGCCGAGCUGGUGCCCACUGAAAAAAUGGGCCUCGUACGGAAAAACCCGCUCGUGCACAACUCGGCCAGCUUUCUCUUCAACGCAGAAUCUUUGCAAGAUGACGAAGAUGCCGCGUCUUUUAUUGAGUCUGCAGCUGGGAGUCGGCAAGCAUCGAAACUCAGCCCGGGAGGCCCGCCAGCGCCCGUGGACAGUAGCGUUCACCUCGUUCCCGUCAGCGCUGCGAUCCGUGCGGCUACGACGCUAGAACAAAUUGAGAUACAGGAAGUUCUCGCGGCCACUUCAGCAGAUACAAUCAAUAACUCGACCACGUCGACAAAUUCCAAGGAUGAAAAUAACCUCUUCACAACGACGAGUAAGGAAAAGGAAGCUCCAACCACGACGUCAGAAUCUAAACCGACACCAAAGCUGACGCGGUGGCAGUCGCGGGGCACGUUGGGCCGGUCGGACGGGGGUCUCGAUCUAGCGGAACGCCUAAACAAGGUCAUUCGGGAGCACUCUGCCGAGUCCUCCUUGGUUCUCAUGAACUUCCCUGAGUUUCGCGGAUCCGCUUCGAGUCUUCCCUACUUCCGUCUCGUGGACACCAUUACGCAGGGGCUUUCGCGGUGUGUCUUAGUCGGUGGUGCCAGUGAGCACGAAAUUGUCACCGCCUUCACAUGAUGAUUCGAUAAAAGUAAAGAACAGAUGGACCAUAGAUGGAAGUUGUGGUCUUUGUUGAUGUAACAUCGCGAACAACGUAACUCUAACUUCUUUCACAUGCAUAGAUAGGUGAGAAACGAAACGACGAAACCAUGGAAAAUCAACGCACUUUAUGUGUCCGCUUCUAGAUUCAUAUAGAAAGACUCUACUUAUGUUUCUUUGUGGCGCUACAUCGUGGCUAUCGAAGAUUAAGCUCGUAGUCGUAGUUCUUCAACUCACACUUUUUCAUGCGUACUAAACAUUCGGCAGUUGAUGAAGGUGGAAUGCUAGCGAAU